GUGGAAUCCACAAUAUUUCGUUAACGUGACAAUUUGGGGAGAGCUUUUGCAGAGCAUGUUUCUAUGAAAAUUAUAGGCUAUUUAGUCUACAUUUCUCCAACUUGAAAUAAAUUAAGUUAUCCAUGAAGGGCUUUAUUGACUGCCACUGUCACAUCUCUGCAAGAGAUUUCGACAAUGACAUAGAAGAUGUGAUUGAGAAUUCUAAAAAGGCUGGGCUUUUAGCCCUACUAGCAGUAGCAGAAAAUGCUGGAGAGUUUGAAAAGAUUAUAGAGCUGUCACAGAGGUUCCCAGGCUUUAUUUUCCCUUGUUUAGGUGUCCAUCCUAUACAGGGGACAGCUCCUGAGCCACAGAGAGGAGCCGUACUCCAGGAUUUAGAUGCUGCUUUGCCCCUGAUAGAGAAAUAUAAAGACCAUCUUGUUGCUAUUGGGGAGGUAGGCUUGGAUUUCACCCCCAGAUUUGUCAGUGGUGACGCAGACAAAGACAGUCAAAGACAGGUGCUUAUUCGGCAGGCAGAGAUUGCAAAACAACUGGACCUUCCGCUAAAUGUCCAUUCAAGAUCUGCAGGCAGACCUACUAUACACCUGCUAAAGGAACAAGGUGUUGAGAAAGCUCUUCUUCAUGCUUUUGAUGGGAAACCCUCAGUUGCCAUGGAGGGAGUAAAGGCUGGGUAUUUCUUCUCCAUUCCUCCAUCUAUAGUAAGAAGUGAACAGAAGCAGAAGCUAGUGAAACAGCUGCCGUUGGAGAGCAUGUGUCUAGAAACCGAUUCACCUGCCUUGGGUCCAGAGAAACAGGUGAGAAAUGAGCCAAAGAAUAUCUCUGUCUGUGCUGAGUACAUCAGUAAGAUCAAAGGGGUUCCCUUGGAAACAGUGAUGGAGGUGACGACACAGAAUGCCCUGCGCCUGUUCCCAAGGCUCAAGACUUUACUCAGAACCUGAACAACCAAGUCCGGGUUUCAAUCCAAGGCAUGUUACAUAGUAGUGCAUGGCUCUUGACCUUUUUAAAGGUAAUUUACGCUUAAGGGAAAGGGGGAUACUUAGUCAGUUGUACAACUGAAUGCAAUCAACUGAAAUGUGUCUUCCGCAUUUAACCCAACCCCACUGAAUUAGAGAGGUGCGGGGGGGGGGGGGGGGCUGCCAUGAUCGGCAUCCACUUCUUCGGGGCCCGGGGAGCUGACAUGCACAGUGUUUACCUUGAAUGUGAUCUCCGCAAACGUCAGGGAAAUUUCCUUUCAAUGGUCAGCUGUCCAGUGCAAAAUUAUUCAGCCUCUUUACUUUCAGUGCAGCAAACUCUCUCCAGAAGUUCAGUGAGGAUCUCUGAAUGAUCCAAUGUUGACCUAAAUGACUAAUGAUGAUAAAUACAAUCCACCUGUGUGCAAGCGAUAAUAUUGAAAUGGAAGGAGUAUCAGACCACUGCAAAUCUACCAAGACCUGGCCGUCCCUCUAAACUUUCAGCUCAUACAAGGAGAAGACUGAUCAGAGAUGCAGCCAAGAGGCCCAUGAUCACUCUGGAUGACCUGCAGAGAUCUACAGCUGAGGUGGGAGACUCUGUCCAUAGGACAACAAUCAGUCGUAUAUUGCACAAAUCUGGCCUUUAUGGAAGUGGCAAGAAGAAAGCAAUUUCUUAAAGAUAUCCAUAAAAAGUGUUGUUUAAAGUUUGCAACAAAUGAGCCAAAUACAGGACCAUUCUGGAAGAAGACCUGAUGGAGUCUGCAAAAGACCUGAGACUGGGACGGAGAUUUGUCUCCCAACAAGACAAUGAUCCAAAACAUAAAGCAAAAUCUACAAUGGAAUGGUUCAAAAAUAAACAUAUCCAGGUGUUAGAAUGGCCAAGUCAAAGUCCAGACCUGAAUCCAAUCGACAAUCUGUGGAAAGAACUGAAAACUGCUGUUCACAAAUGCUCUCCAUCCAACCUCACUGAGCUCGAGCUGUUUUGCAAGGAGGAAUGGGAAAAAAUUUCAGUCUCUCGAUGUGCAAAACUGAUAGAGACAUACCCCAAGCGACUUACAGCUGUAAUCGCAGCAAAAGGUGGCGCUACAAAGUAUUAACUUAAGGGGGCUGAAUAAUUUUGCACGCCCAAUUUUUCAGUUUUUGGUUUGUUAAAAAAGUUUGAAAUAUCCAAUAAAUGUCGUUCCACUUCAUGAUUGUGUCCCGCUUGUUGUUGAUUCUUCACAAAAAAAUACAGUUUUAUAUCUUUAUGUUUGUAGCCUGAAAUGUGGCAAAAGGUCGCAAAGUUCAAGGGGGCCGAAUACUUUCGCAAGGCACUGUAUAUAGACUUUCAAGUUAGAGCUGCUUUUGGACUCUGUAUGCCUAGGAGUUGAGGUGUAGAGUUUAAAAAAACAAACUUUGAGAUUGAAAUGUUUCAGUACUUAUGUUCAUAUCCAACAUCUGUUAUAUAACAGGCUAAAUAAAUAUGACAAAUGUAUUUCUUUAAAUAAAUAUGAUCAGAUUUCUUGUGCUACAUUCCUUGUGCUACAUGUAAAUUAUGUGUUACUGUUGAAUUUAUUAUGGAUUUAUUAUGGAUAAAUGAAUAAACAAUAUCCCCAUUUUAAAUAGAAUUGUAUCUAGGUAAACUUAUACUUUGUUUUAUAAGUGAUUGACAAUAUGAGUUCAUAAGGAGGGAUGGUGUGACACGGACAAGGAGUAAUAAAAGUUAAUGAACACCAUUCCAACUAGGCAGAAACAAAUGGGUUGUGGACUGUGUAAACACACAAGGUCGUUAGCCUAUGGUUGACCCAACUGAAACUUAGCUCUGGGGUUUUUAGAUAAGGUAGUGAGUGCAUUCCUAGGUUUUCUUUUAAUUAAAACUGUCAGUUCAGUGUUGAGGGGUCAAAAGUUAUCUGGGAGUGUGUUAGUAAGUUAGAAUGAACUUUUCACCUUACUUUGUCCCGGUCGAGAGGAGGGGAUUCUGUUAAAGCAGUGAAAUGACGUCAUGAUCUGUAUAUAAACUGCUGCACGUGGCAGCGCGCUCCGAGAAUAAAUUCUAUUACCUAUUAUUGAAA